UGGGACACUGACACGGUUGAUUCUGCUGGAUUUCAGCGUCCCGCUCAGCUCAGGAGGUAAGCGCUGUGUUCUGGUUUUCUUUGAGGCAAAUUCAGGGUGUAACGUCUUUAAUGUGGCUUAGUUCACCUCUGAUGGAUGAAUGCCAAUCUUUUAUUUCUCUUGGUUGUUUGCUUUAACAAAGAAAAGGAAGCUACAUGUUUAAUAAUAUUUAGAUGUAAAUUUAGAGUGUCAAAAAAAGUUUAACAAGCAUGCAGACAGGAAGCAACGAUGAUUUAGGAGUAAAACUGUUGUCUUUAAUGCUAAUGAAAUUUUAGUCCAGAUUUAGUCUAAUCAAAAGCUUUUUGUGCUGUAGUUUUACGUAUUUUCUGGUGGAGAUUCAGGAACCAGAUACUAAUCUGCUCCAGAAUCAGAACGAUUCUACAGAGAUGUUUUAAACAGAGCCAUUGGUGUGAAAGAGGACUGAUGGUCCAGGAGAACCCGGUCUGAUCAGGGUUAGGACGGGGACCUUUUACUGAACUGGACACUUGUUUGGCUCUGGAACAAAUCAGUUAUUUUAGAGUCGAACAGGUUUGGAUUUAAUGAUGAGGAGUAGAUGUAGCCUUCACCUGAUUCCUGCUGUAAAAUGUACAGAUUUUAAAAUGAUUUUUGUAAAUUGUUGACCUUUAGUCUUUCUGUUUUCUGCAGGACCAUGGCAGGAUCAUGGGGAUUUCUCCAUCAGUCACAUUUUUGUUUUUUAACUUUUGUUUCUACAGUUUUAUUUUUCCUGCUCUUCACCCAAGCAUUAAUAACCAGAGGGCCAGGAGACAGACACAGGAGAGACUUUCAUAACUCUACAGAAAUCUCGGCGGAGCACAUCGAUCCCGCUGCCCUCGACCUCACUCCUCUGGUCAAUACUCUAAUAAAUUCCAGCCAGUCUGGCUCUCGGCAGCUGUUCUCUCUGCUCAGCGUGACGUCCUACAGCUCUUUGGCUCUCCACAAACUCACCCUGUUGGUUUACAACAUUUCCAGCAUUAAGAGUUUAGAGAGCAGCGGGCUGAGGAGGAGGUUCUGCUACUGCAUCACUAACGGAACCAACGAUUUAGCAGAUUUUACUGCUGUACUUUUAGACGUGAUGGGAAACUCGACCAGUUACCUACAAGAGAUUUUUAAAUCGUCUUCUAUUUUAUCAGUGAGUCCAAAGAAUAACUCUGACUGUAUUUACAUCUGUGUGAUGGCCGGGAAGAUGGGCAGAGAGGUUCCUGAUCUGUGGGAGUUCGACUCCAUCACUCCACUGUUCAACCAGACCAUCGUAGAAGGACCUCAUUCAGCUAAUCUCUCGUCUAUCAGACUUCCUGCUGGAUGGCACCAACUGCCCACGAAUCUGAGUCACGUCUCUCCGUCUGGGAUGAGCUCCAUGUUGACCAGCAGAGACUUUUCUACCGCACACGCUUCUCCAAAUCUGAGCCGAACUGCUGCAACGACAGAUAGAGUCAGAACUUCUGAGCACAUCACGACAGCACUACAUCCAACACCUGAGACGACUCUACAUCCAACACCUGAGACGACUCUUCAUCCAACACCUGAGGCGCCUCCACGUACGACCUCUGAGACGCCUCCACGUACGACCUCUGAGACGCCUCUACGUACGACCUCUGAGGCGCCUCCACCUAUGACCUCUGAGAGGCCUUCACAUACGACCUCUGAGAUGCCUCCACAUACGACCUCUGAGACGCCUCCACAUACGACCUCUGAGAUGCCUCCACAUACGACCUCUGAGGCGCCUCUACGUACGACGUCUAUGACGCCUCUACGUACGACCUCUGAGACGCCUCUGCGUACAACCUCUGAGACGCCUCUACGUACGACCUCUGAGAUGCCUCUGACCUUAGGGGUGCUUCUACAAAUGACCUCUGAGAUGCCUCUACAUACGACCUCUGAGACGCCUCUACGUACAACCUCUGAGACGCCUCUACGUACAACCUCUGAGACGCCUCUACGUACGACCUCUGAGAUGCCUCUGACCUUAGGGGUGCUUCUACAAACGACCUCUGAGAUGCCUCUGCGUACGACCUCUGAGACGCCUCUACGUACGACCUCUGAAACGCCUCUACGUAUGACCUCUGAGAUGCCUCUGACCUUAGGGGUGCUUCUACAAACGACCUCUGAGACGCCUCUGCGUACGACGUCUGAGACGCCUCUACGUACGACCUCUGAGACGCCUCUACGUACGACCUCUGAGACGCCUCUACGUACGACCUCUGAGAUGCCUCUGACCUUAGGGAUGCUUCUACAAACGACCUCUGAGACGCCUCUGCUUACAACCCCUGAGAUGCCUCUGCCUACGACCCCUGAGACGCCUCUACGUGCGACCUCUGAGAUGCCUCUCCGUACGACCUCUGAGAUGCCUCUACAUACGACCUCUGAGACGCCUCUGCGUUCAACCUCUGAGACGCCUCUACGUACGACCUCUGAGAUGCCUCUACAUACGACCUCUGAGACGCCUCUGCAUUCAACCUCUGAGACGCCUCUACGUACGACCUCUGAGAUGCCUCUGACCUUAGGGAUGCUUCUACAAACGACCUCUGAGACGCCUCUGCUUACAACCCCUGAGAUGCCUCUGCCUACGACCCCUGAGACGCCUCUACGUGCGACCUCUGAGACACCUCUCCGUACGACCUCUGAGAUGCCUCUACAUACGACCUCUGAGACGCCUCUGCGUUCAACCUCUGAGACGCCUUUACGUACAACCUCUGAGAUGCCUCUGACCUUAGGGGUGCUUCUACAAAUGACCUCUGAGACGCCUCUACUUACGACCUCUGAGACGCCUUUACGUACAACCUCUGAGAUGCCUCUGACCUUAGGGGUGCUUCUACAAACGACCUCUGAGACGCCUCUACGUACGACCUCUGAGACGCCUCUACGUACGACCUCUGAGACGCCUCUACUUACGACCUCUGAGACGCCUUUACGUACAACCUCUGAGAUGCCUCUGACCUUAGGGGUGCUUCUACAAACGACCUCUGAGACGCCUCUACGUACAACCUCUGAGAUGCCUCUGACCUUAGGGGUGCUUCUACAAACGACCUCUGAGACGCCUCUACGUACGACCUCUCAGAUGCCUCUGACCUUAGGGAUGCUUCUACAAACGACCUCUGAGACGCCUCUGCUUACGACCCCUGAGAUGCCACUGCCUACGACCCCUGAGAUGCCUCUGCCUACGACCCCUGAGACGCCUCUCCGUACGACCUCUGAGAUGCCUCUACAUACGACCUCUGAGACGCCUCUACGUACAACCUCUGAGAUGCCUUUACGUACAACCUCUGAGAUGCCUCUGACCUUAGGGGUGCUUCUACAAACGACCUCUGAGACGCCUCUACGUACGACCUCUGAGACGCCUCUACGUACGACCUCUGAGACGCCUCUACGUACGACCUCUGAGAUGCCUAUACGUACAAACUCUGAGAUGCCUCUGACCUUAGGGAUGCUUCUACAAACGACCUCUGAGAUGCCUCUGCUUACAAACCCUGAGAUGCCUCUGCCUAUGACCCCUGAGACGCCUCUACGUGCGACCUCUGAGGUGCCUAUACGUACAACCUCUGAGAUGCCUCUGACCUUAGGGAUGCUUCUACAGACGACCUCUGAGACGCCUCUGCUUACAAACCCUGAGAUGCCUCUGCCUAUGACCCCUGAGACGCCUCUACGUGCGACCUCUGAGACGCCUCUACGUAAGACCUUUGGGGCGCCUCUACAUACUACCCCUGAGACGCCUCUGCGUAUGACCCCUGAGAUGCCUUUGCGUACGACCCUUGAGAUGCCUCUACGUGCAACCUCUGAGAUGCCUCUACGUAAGACCUUUGGGGUGCCUCUACAUACUACCCCUGAGAUGCCUCUACGUACAAGCUUUGAGACGUUUCUACAAACGACACUUGAGAUUCCCCAACAAAUAACCCCCGAGACGUCUCAAGAUUUGAUAGCUCAACAUUUUACAGAGGUACCUCGAUAUAUGAUGACCCAACUUACGACUACCCGAAAUAGGACCUCUGAGACAUCUUUUCAUACAACGGCUGGGACACCUGGACACUCACCAGCUGAGAAGUUUCGACAUCCAACCACACCUCGACCCAAAACAUUUGACACGCCUCAACAUCUAAUGUCACCUCAACAUAUGAUGCCUGAAAUGUCUCUACAUAUGACCUUUGAGACGCCUCCAUAUACGACACCUGAGCCAUCUCGACAUAGGAUAUCUGAGACUCCUCAACACUCAGUCGAGAAACUUCUGCAUCCAACAUUACCUCGACACAGAACUUCAGAGGUGCCUCAACAUCCAACUUCUCCUCGACAUACGACCCCUACGACUCCUCAACAUUUGUCAGCUGAGAUGCGUCAAUAUGAAACCACCUUCAUGACUCCAUCUACGGUCCGAAGUCCUGAGACGUUAAACACCUGGAUGACUCAAAGGUUUAGCAGCUUGUUGAUCAGAACGACACUAACUUCACCAGCACAGACGGUGACGAUACCGGACGAAGCCUUAACAAUGAGACAAGCUAAGGAGAAAACCCCAACUUUACAGCCAAUGAGAACCCUGAAACAACCAGCCAGCAGCGUGAAGGUGAUGUCUGCUACAACCAGAGUUACAGAUCCUUCUGUUACAUCUCGACUCACCGCAUGGCCUCAAAAAGUCCCAGCAGUCAUCUCACCUGUGAUUGGGCUGCCUCAACUGACCCCUGCUCCAAUUAAAUCUUCUACAGGACCUUUACCACCCCGACCCACAAAACGGCCAGCCUCAGGAAAGAAGACGACUCAAAGCAGAACCACAACGCCCAGCAAGCACGAGGAAACAGAAAAACCAGGCUGUCCUUGGAGGAGAUCGGAGCUGAGCGCCGAGUCCGCCUCCAGCAGCGCGGCGACCGUCGGCCCUCACAAGCUGCAGCCCUGCGUCCUCGAGCUCUGCAAGUUCUUCUCUCAGUGUCUCUGCAGACCAUCCAGCCAGAAGAGUCACUCCAAAAGGUACUGUGACGACAGCCACCUCUGGUAUGAAAAACACACGUCUGAAAUCUGCGGACGAGUCAAGAGAGUCUCCUUCUCCAGAAACUUGAAACAGAGAUGCCUGUCAAAGAUGUGCAGCAAACUGUGACCAGAUGCAACAAAGACUCGUUCAUCAUCACAGGAAGUGACUGAAACAGCUAGGAGCCCCUCUGGAACAUCUGGAACGACCAUGGAAGCAGAACGUCUGGUUUGACUUUGUCAUUGUUGGAUAUUAAUCACUAACCUACUUUGUGAUUUUACAAAACCAGAUUAUUUAUCCACAAAUCAAAAAGAAUUAUUUUGACAGUUUGGGAAAACAAAUGAAAUGAUAGAAGAUUAAAGAUUUUUAAGUUAAAGAAACAGAAGCAGAUUUUUGUUGUUUUAUUUCUGAACAUAAAUUAGGUUUUAUGUCGGGGCUGCACGUGGCCCUGAUUCUAGAUUUAAUGACGUCAUUUAGUAAAUGAUCACAAACAUGUAUGCGCGUACAACGUUAGUACCUCGUGUCUCCACGAGGGGCGAUGAGGAGCUGGAUGAGCGAAUCAACCAAAACAAAAGUUAAAUCAAUGAGAAAAUGCUAGAGAAGUAAACUCAAACUUUUUAUAUUGAGGUGGUUUUAUGUUGGAUCAGAGUUGUGGAUUAUUGUAUCGUGAGAAUAUCGCGAUUAGCUGUGAUUCUUAGCGUAAAAACAGGAUUUGUGCACGGAAAUGUAACGAGAGUAAAUUAACUUUUAGUCUAAUUUCAAAAUUUUAAGUUGAACUUAAAGCAGCCUUUUCUUUUCUUUUACUAAAUGUGGCAAUACACGAGGAUGCUAUAGAUAUGGCGUGCUCCAACACGCUGUAACCUUUUCCUUGGUUCAGGGAGCAGCCAACAGUGUCAACAAUGCCACCUUGGGACUUUCACCCAAAGAAGUAGGUUUCAGAAGGCACAUAAGUUUAGUCCACCAAAUGAGGCAUGAGACGUGGUUCCAAAAGUUACAAUUGAUUUAAUUAAAAAUAAAGUAUAGAUAUAUAGAUGCUUAAAAAUGUUCUGAUUAAAAACAGGGCAGCAAGACAAACAGGAAAUAAAUUGCAGGACUGAGACCAACUGAAGGAGGGAAUGGACAAACGGGGUGAUAAAUCCCAAAAAGAAACAAGCAUAAUAAAGUAUAAUAAAGUCACCCCAGGCAACAGUGAACAUUCACUCCAGCGUGAAGGAACCAAGCCCCCACAAUGCGGCUCAAAAAUUGGAGCUAUCCCGGAAGUACCAAAAAUUCCAGUUCCACCCUCAUCCGCUGGGGGCUGGUGUCAGAAGCGAGCAAAUCCUCCAACAAUACCAAUUUCACAGCAGAAAUAAACAUGUUUACAGCCUGUUUCCAAAACAUGUUUUUGGUUUAAAUGAUCAGUUUACACUCAUGACAACUCUCAGGGGGGUGAAUUUUUUUCUCACUCUUCUGUUUAAGUGUAUUAAAAGCCUAAAAUUCUGUAUAAUUAAUGAGCAUCAGACCCACGUGACCGCAGAGCUAGCUCCGUGGAAAGACCUCAGUAGAGCCUCGGUCUGGCUUGGAAACUGCUCCGGCAUUUUGAGUCUCUGUGUUUGUGUAUUCUUUUUUGGAUAUUUUUUUGUGCAAUUGUUGGACAAAAUGACUUGCUGUGGCAUUAAUUGCACUAAUAGAGCGUCCAAGGAGUCUCCACUUCAUUUUUUCGGUAAGUAAAAUUAUAUUUAUGUAUUUUAGGUCACUGCCGAGCUGAGCUUAGAUUUUAACAUGUACUGUUUAACCAUGAAAUUUAAAUGUAAUAGAGUAAAACCCAGUGCAUUUAACAUAAUGCUGCACUUUAGAAAAUGGGUUGAAAUAUAACAUGUUGGUGGAGCUGAGUUCCGACUAUCGGCUUGUGGAGUUCUUCUCCCCUCCCCGCAGCUCGGCGCAUCUCUGUCUGCUGCGCGGGCUGACGGCUUGUGGAGCUCUGGGAUGGAAACCUUUCCACCCGGUUCUCCCCAGCGGCAGCUCUGCACAUCUCAGAUCGCAGCAGCGCUUGUCUGCUGUGUGGCUGCCGGCUUGUGGAGCUCUCGGGAGACCUCUGUGUUCCACCCGGUUUUACCCAGCGGUCAGCCCGGCGUAUCUCUGAC